AUGGGACAAGAUAAGCAAGUCAAGAAAGAUUCUCCAUUAUAUGAGCAGAAUACUCUCAUUUUGGCUGCAAGUCAAAAUGGAAAUCUUGUUAAGAUAGAGAAAGAUAAGAGUCUUGCUUUGAUAAAUGCAUGGGAAGAGAGCGAGAAGGCAAAAGCUCAAACCAAGGCUAACAGAGAACUUUGCUCCAUUGAAAUAUGGGAGAACAACAUGAAGACAGCUUUAGAAUUAGAUUUGAAAAAAAUGGAGGAGAAAUUAGAACUGGAGAAAGCUGAAUAUACAAAAAGAUUCAAGAAAAAGUUUUUGCUUUCAGAAUGUAGAACUGAAGAUGCAACUGGUUUGACGCAGAUCGUGAAUCAGUCAGGAAGUGCAUCAGGACGUAUGGACGGACUUGUAGCGGAGCUAAGUGGAGCUUAA